AUGACAAUACGAGUAGCCAUCAUUGGCGCAGGCCCCGGUGGCCUAGUGACCCUCAAGACUUUGCUGGAGGCGUCCAGUCCCGACCAGCAGAUCGAGGCGUAUCUCUUCGAAGCUGAAUCCGACGUCGGCGGUACAUUCAACUAUCGCUCUUACGAGAACGCCGAACUGGUGAGCAGCAAGCAAUUAACAACGUUCUCGGACCACCGCUUGCCGUUGAAGACUCCCGAUCACGUCUCACUGCCUGAAUACGUCGACUAUCUCCGGUCUUAUGUCGAGCGAUUCAACCUGGGUCCGUUCAUCAAGUUCAAUUCUCCCGUGCUUCGCGUGUCUCCGCUCCCGAGUGGUUCUAAAUGGGCUCAUCAGGUGAGCUACGUGGAGGGCACGAGCGUGGACAAGGAGGAGAGAAUAUUUGACUGUUCUCAUAUUGCGGUUUGCACUGGUCUUCAUGUCGAGCCUAACAUUCCGGAUAUACCGGGUAUUGAGAAUGUCCAGGGUGAUGUAUUCCACUCAUCGCUAUACAAAGGCCGGGAUCAGGUCGCCGGCAAGAAGGUCCUAAUUCUGGGAUGCGGUGAAACAGCAAUGGAUAUUGCCUACGAGUCCAUUAAAGCAGAUGCGGAAUCGGUCACCAUGUGUUUCCGCACCGGUUUCCUCUCAUUUCCCAAGCAACUCAGCCGGUUCCAGGUAUUUGGCAAGGCCUUCAGUGGAGGCCUUCCAAUUGACGGUCUCAUCACCAACCUCUUUGAAACCGCCUAUGUCCAUAGGGCAGUCGCUCAAAGCAGAUUACGCUGGUUUAUUUCGGACUUUGUGAUUAAGCGAGUCCUUUGGUUCCUGACCGGAACCCAAGCUGGCAUGAAUCAGCAUGUCGGCGCCCUUCCCAAAGAGAGACUGGGAAGGGCCUUCGUCUUUCUCAACAAGAGUAAUAAGGCGAUGCCGUAUCUCAAUCGUCCUUACAAGACGCAUAAUCCUUUUUUAGCCUUCAUUGGCAACCGCUACAUUGACCCACCGGAAGAUGCGGAAUCCGACCGAGCAGUCGACACUUGCACCUGGCCGAAGUAUAUUGACGAUAACGGAAUUGUGCACUUUCAACCCAAUCACGACAGGAAGGAUUGGCAGCGGUUGAAGAACAGAAACAUCACGCCGAACUGUGUGGUCUAUUGUUCUGGCUACAAACAAACAUUCCCUUACCUCGACCCAUCAUACCCGACCGCAUCGGAUGCCCAAAUCCGAAACAUCGUCAAUCCUUCUCACCCAGACAUCGCAUUCAUCGGCUUCGUGCGUCCCGGCGUUGGCGCAAUCCCGCCCAUCGCCGAGCAACAAGCUAUGUGGUGGACAGCCUUAAUCACUGGCCGUAUGAAGAUGCCCAUGGAUCCUCCUCACUAUCAUCUUCUUGCCGCCAAAUCGGCUCGAAUUCACUAUGGUGUUGAUCACAGCGCAUACAUGAGCACAUUGGCCAAGGAUUUCGGCGGUGCACCAGGGUUACUUGAGUUGUAUCGUCGGCAUGGGUUGCAAAUACUGCUCAUCUACUGCUUUGGUGCAUCAUUUGUUACCUUCUACAGGUUGAUGGGGCCGUUUGAAUCAUCUGUUGCACCUGAGAUCGCUCGGACGGAGCUGGCCGAGACAAUCCUCCGACGAGGCUAUAUUGGAAACCUUUUCUUUGGCGUGAUACCGAUGCUGUUUUAUGGUCUCGUCAAUUCAGUGGCCUUGCUGCUCGAUUUAGUCGGGCUGCUUCCUCGUGAACAGGAGAUGGAGUGUGGUGAAGGAAUGAAGGGUAAAGCUUGA